CCUGAGUGAGAUAAAGCCAGUCUGCAACUUUCCAUCCAAUGUCUUAGAUCCAUCAUCCUCCCAUCUACACCUAGGUCUUGUAGCAGUGUCUUUCCUUUGGGUUUUGCUGCAGAUGUGUUGUAUGCAUUUCACCUUUCUUCUGUGCUUGCUGUGUACCCUGAUAAGUAAAUCAAGUUAUGUUGGCUGCACAUCAUGGCUUCACUCAACUUUGUUGGAGGCUGGUCGCAUCCAAUUGUGAUGGGUGUUUUCCAUUCCUUAUUCUGGUGGUGUUAGUGCUGUGUGUUUGCGUAGAUGUGCCCUCACCACAGCACAUGCAGUGUGUGGUGAACAAUGCCCAGCCCAUUACAUUCACAGGAAUGUUGGUGUCACAGGGUGAGAUGUUUGUACAGAUAUGUGUUUGUGUGUGGUGAAUUCUCUGUCAGAAGGUUUUACAUUGCAGUGAGUGUAAGGAGAAAGGUGACAGUCAUCUUGCCAAAUGAUCUAGAAUAAAAGCAUGUGAACUCAUUUCAUGAAGCAGCCGAUUCAGCACACAAAUAUGGCGUUUUGCUGUACAGAAAUGGAUUUUGAUUCAGAAUGUAUAUGGAUAAUGAUUGUGGUGACUGACUUGCAUGUGUUAGAUUUCAGAAGAAUUAAUUUUUGUGACAUGAUCUUAUGUAAAAGAGAUUUCUGUGGUGUUGGGUGCCAGAGAAACAGGUUCCCCUUAAGAGACUUUUUGUGAUCAGGCUUCACAUCAGGUGAAUGACCCCCUGUUGUCAUUUAAAAGUAUUACUCUGUCUUACAUCAUGCCUGAAGGCAUUCAUAUUUUCUUCUUCCUUUUCCCUAGUGGCAUCUGUUGGAGGUUUAACCGACCUUUUGGUGUUUCUGAUGCUCAUUUGAUAUUUGUGGCAGGGUUUAUUUAGUACAUUGCCUCCAGUUUCUGAGUUACUUGUUUAGUGUGUCACAAUGUAAAACAUAUUUCUUGUAUAGCAGUAGAGUAAGAUAUAUGAUUGCAGUUGUAAUAGAAUUAGGAGAUGGUGCAGGUAGGAUGUUUUCUUAAUUUUUCAUCGUUACUGAUGUGGUCGUACCAGUAGCAGGAGUACCAGCUGUUCUGAUGGAGAAUUUCUUGGAUUUCCAUAGUUGUUACAUUAAAGAAGCCUGGAAUAUUACCCCUAUUUUGGUUACAACCACUUUCUCUUGAAUCCCUUCCUGUCACCCAUACCCUUGUAUUGUGUGACUAGUAAAUGCAGUUUGAUGAACCAUUCUUUGUGGCCACUGUUACUGCCAUGUUCUCAGCCUGCCUUCCCUUGAUUCUUAAUAAUGCAAGCACUUGUGUUACAGUUCUGAUGAAUUCAUCGGUGAAGGGGGAAUAAGUUCUUUAUCAGAGUAUGUAAAGAAGCCCCUCAGUUAUGAAAAUUGUGGGAAAGGAAGUGGACAUAUGCCCAACACUGCAGUGAGUCCUUUCAAAUGUGAUGUUUGUCAGAAAGAAUUCUCAGACAGUGCUGAGUUUGUCAAGCACCGACGCAAACAUACUGGUGACAGACGUUACAGAUGUGACAUUUGUGGGAAGGAUUUCUCAGACCUUAAUUACCUCGUUGGUCACCGCCGUGUUCACACUGGUGAUACACCUUUCAAAUGUGAAAUCUGUGGGAGAGGAUUUUCACAGAAUGGAAAUCUCGCUGAUCAUCGACGCACACAUACAGGGGAAAAACCUUUUAUAUGUGAGAUGUGUGGGAAGGGGUUCUCUCAGAGUAGGAAUCUCGCUAAACACCGUCGUACACACACCCGAGCUGAGCCCUUCAAGUGUGACAUUUGUGGCAAAGGAUUUACUCGACCAGAAAAUCUUGAUUCUCACCGACGUGGACACACCGGAGAUGAGCCUUUCAAGUGUGACAUUUGUGGGAAGGGUUUCUCACGCACAGGGAAUCUUAUUAACCAUGAGCGUACACAUACAGGCGAGAAGCCCUUCACAUGUCUUGUGUGUGGGAAAUCUUAUGCCCAGCGGGGAAACCUGGUCACACACUCCCGCACCCACACAGGCCAUAAGCCUUUCAAAUGUGACAUCUGUGGGAAAGGGUUUUCACAGAAUGGACAUCUGGUUUAUCACCUGCGCACACACACUGGUGACAAGCCUUACCACUGUGACAUAUGUCGCAAAAGGUUCUCACGGAGCGGAUAUCUUGUAGUACACCGUCGCAGCCAUACAGGUGACAGACCAUUCAGCUGUGAGAUUUGUGGGAAAGGCUUCUCACAGAGGACAAAUCUCUUUAAGCAUGCUCGUACACACAAACAAGAUAAGCUUCCUGCUGAGGUACCUGAUUGAGAGACUAAGGUUUCAUAUGUAAAAUGUGGAAUUCACACAUGUAGAAUAUUUUUAAGUACCUCAGUCAGUUACUGGUCAUGGCUUCAUGUAUCAACAGGUUUUCCAUUUUGAUACAGUUUUGCCAUCAAUGGUGCUUGGGUCUUGUUCGUGUAACACAGAAACAAAUGGUGGCAUCUGCACCAGGAGAUUGACAUUUGUUGGGGCUAGUGCUGUAAUGGUACCUGAAACUAGCACUCUUAUGACAACUCUCAAAAUACUGUUGCAUUU